CCAGAGCUAAAAUAAUAAAAUGCUGAGCUCACUGUUCCCCCACCCUCUCCCCCGUCGCUGGGCUUCUCCUGCUGCCAGGACAGUGCUCCAGUAGAACAGACAGACCAACCUACAGAAGGGGAGGUGAGAACGGAGGUGGCCACCAGGACUGGCUCCGUGAGUGCCACACUGUGGGGAGGGGGUGGGGGCCAUCAUGUCAUCGUAUCAGAAGGAACUGGAGAAAUACAGAGACAUAGAUGAAGAUGAGAUCCUAAGGACCUUGAGCCCUGAGGAGCUAGAGCAGCUGGACUGCGAGCUACAGGAGAUGGACCCCGAGAACAUGCUCCUGCCAGCUGGACUAAGACAACGUGACCAGACAAAGAAGAGCCCAACGGGGCCGCUGGACCGAGAGGCCCUUUUGCAGUACCUGGAACAGCAGGCACUAGAGGUCAAAGAGCGUGAUGACUUGGUUCCCUACACAGGCGAGAAGAAGGGGAAACCCUAUAUUCAGCCCAAGAGAGAAAUUCCAGCCCAGGAGCAGAUCACUCUGGAGCCUGAGCUGGAGGAGGCACUGGCCCAUGCCACAGAUGCUGAGAUGUGUGAUAUAGCAGCCAUUCUGGGCAUGUACACACUGAUGAGCAACAAGCAAUACUAUGAUGCUAUCUGCAGCGGAGAAAUCUGCAACACUGAAGGCAUUAGCAGUGUGGUGCAGCCUGACAAGUAUAAGCCAGUGCCAGAUGAGCCCCCAAAUCCCACAAACAUCGAGGAGAUACUGAAGAGUGUUCGAAGCAAUGACAAGGAGCUGGAGGAGGUGAACCUCAAUAAUAUCCAGGACAUCCCGAUACCCAUGCUAACUGAGCUGUGUGAAGCAAUGAAGACAAAUACCCAUGUCCGGAGCUUCAGCCUGGUGGCCACAAGGAGUGGUGACCCCGUUGCCAGUGCGGUGGCUGACAUGUUGCGUGAGAAUCGUAGCCUCCAGAGCCUGAACAUUGAAUCCAACUUCAUUAGCAGCACAGGGCUCAUGGCUGUGCUGAAGGCAGUUCGGGAGAAUGCCACACUCACUGAGCUCCGCGUAGACAACCAGCGCCAGUGGCCUGGCGACGCAGUGGAGAUGGAGAUGGCCACCGUGCUUGAACAGUGCCCCUCCAUUGUCCGCUUUGGCUACCACUUUACACAGCAGGGGCCACGAACUCGGGCAGCCCAGGCCAUGACCCGGAACAAUGAACUGCGUCGCCAGCAAAAGAAGAGAUAACACUACCCUUCCCUUUACCAACUAGAGCUCGGAGCCCUGAAAGCUUAAAUCCUCAUCUUGUAAAUAAAAGCCCUUCUGUCCACUC